AAACAUAGAAUCCAUGCGAUGAGUUUUGGUUUUGGCAGUCGGCAGACAGUGACUGUUUAUAUUUCUCGGCUGUUCAGGUUUUAAAAGAAACUGUAGAAAAACUCGGUGAAUUUCCACUUUAUCCUACGCUGUGAUAUAAUUAGCUGAUUUUGCAAGAUGGCCCGUCGGUAUGAUUCCAGAACGACUAUCUUCUCGCCAGAAGGACGUUUGUACCAGGUCGAGUAUGCCAUGGAGGCCAUUUCCCACGCCGGUACUUCGUUGGGAAUUUUGGCGAAAGACGGCAUCCUGCUAGCUGCCGAAAGGCGGAACACCAACAAGCUGCUCGACAGUGUUAUCUUCUCGGAGAAAAUCUACAAGUUGAACGAUGAUAUGGUCUGCUCUGUAGCCGGAAUCACUUCCGAUGCCAACGUGCUGACGAACUUACUUCGAGUGAUUGCGCAGCGCUAUCAGUUGAACUAUGGAGAAGCCAUGCCCUGCGAGCAGCUGGUCUCGCAUUUGUGCGAUGUGAAACAGGCUUACACGCAAUACGGAGGCAAGCGACCUUUCGGUGUUUCCAUUCUCUACAUGGGAUGGGACAAACAUUACGGCUACCAGUUGUACCAGUCUGACCCCAGCGGUAACUACGGCGGAUGGAAAGCCACCUGCAUUGGUAACAAUUCAGCGGCGGCAGUAUCUGCUUUGAAACAGGAGCUAGGAGACAGUGAAAUUUCCUUGGUUCAAGCGCAAGAUCUUGCGGUCAAGGUCCUAUCAAAAACUCUGGACAUGACCAAAUUAACAUCGGAGAAGAUCGAAAUGGCAGUUCUAACCCGAGAGAAUAACAAGACCGUUAUCAAAAUUCUGUCCAGCACGGAAGUCGAUGCUCUCAUUGCUAAGUAUGAAAAGGCGGAAGCCGAAGCGGAAGCCGCCAAGAAAGAAAAGUUGGCCCAGAAGUCCGAUAAGUAAAAAACAUGGGAAAAAGUAAGUUACAUUCAAAUUUCUUUUCAUUUAACAUUCGUUUCGAUAUCUGUGAAUUGUAUCAAUACAUUGAUCUGUAAACCA